CUCUCUGCUAUUGAGGUUGAAACGGAGCCAGUAAACUAAUAAUAAACUGGAUAAUGUUUGUCUUUGAGGCGGUUGCAUGAUUCGGAACAAGUGGAAUAAGGCUGGCAUUAAUGCAAGAACUGGAUUUCAAAAGUUGCUCGGCUAAAACAAAAAAAAGUCGACAGUUUUGGCUCUGUAGUUCCGUGCCAGAGUUCCUGAGGUGAAUUUCAAGCAACUUGUAGCUUUUCAGUGAAACUGAACUGUGGUGAGAAGUAUAAACUCAGUCGCGGAAAGGCAAGAGGCAUCAUGCCACAUAAAGACAGAGAAGAAAACAGACAAGGGAAUUUAUCACUCACCAGUCAGUGACUAACUCGCUAUCUGGCUCCUAGUCAUCUGGAGGUAACUGAAGUUGCUGUGGCGGGUAGUGGGGAGGGGUUGUCGGUGGUCUUUGCACGAGAUGAGAUCAAUCUAUAUCAGAAAAAUAAAGGAAGUAUUAUUUUCUGUUACAAAAAAGUGAAGGGCAGAAUGCAGCCAGCAGGAGUCACUGCAUGUCAGCCUCAUUCGCCAAACUUGCAAUCACUUGUUUUAUUUCUCUCAGUGACUCUUUGUAAAACUUAAAAAAAACACCACACCGCGGCAGAUGGUUUGAUCAUCGAUCUAUGCAACCUUUUUGCAAGGAGACUCACUUUAAAUGAAUGCAUUCUAUAUAUAAAGUAACAAGAAGCAACGUGAAAUCAAUAUUAGCGUUAUUAAGCUCGGGCUAUGACUGUCUCUUGUUAUUGUGCUGAACCACUGUACACAUUGCUUCAACAACUUCAUCUGAAAAGAAUGACUCCCCCUCUAAUAAUAAUGGGAUUGCUAUUCCUGAGUUGCUGUGCGCUAAACUAUGGCUAUAUUUAUCUAGAGGCAGUAUGUCUAUGGAAGAGGAUACACCAGACUGUUUAAAAUAGAUACAGAACUCUUGUUUUCAAUUCAAAUUGGUUCCUGCAGAGAGUUGAACUGUGCUGCUGAAUUUUCAUCUCAGAAAUUGUUCUGCAGAUGCGAACUUAGUUUGAGCGCAGGAGCUUUUGUAAAAAGGAGCACACACCAAUGUCCUAAAGGCUAACCGGAGACAUAACCGGCGAUUGCUGUGACUAAGAACCGAAAUAUCUUCGAUUAAAAUGGAGGCUGGCCCUGGACAGCAUCUUUUGAAUACAGAUAGAGAUAAUGUUGGAAGGCCUGGAUCCAUGGAGUCAGCCAGUGCUGCGCCUAACUUGUACCGGAUGUACCUGUCUUGCUUACCUGACCGCUACAUGAAGGCAAAAAUGAGCCUGGCAGCCUACCUCAUAGAUUGGGCUCUUGUUCUUCUUUGUAAGCGAGCAAUAGAUAGGAACUCAAACCUUCAGCACCAGCAGGUUUCCGAGGCUGUCGAGAACCAUUCUGAUCACUGUGAAUCUGAGGAGAAAGACAGUUCGGAGGAAGAACCUCCAGGGCAAAGCCAAGAUUAUCCCGAUGCACAACAUGAGUUAAAUAAAACUACUGUAGGUGGGGUACCAGCAAUAAGUGAAACAAAUUUAGCGUGCAAUUGGACUCCUUCACCUCAUUUUCUCCCUGAGGUCCACAUAGAAACAAAUGACAUUGAUCUUGAUGACUUAGGUAGUCUAAUUCACACAUCUGCUGAACCACAGCUCAAUACCAGUGCCAUUGACACAAUCCUGCAACUACAUGCCCCACGGAUAAGGACUCACACACCUGGCUUCUGUCAAAAUUCUGAGCCCCACAGUAUAUUCUGCGAGACACAAGUGACAAAUGAAGCUGCAUCAGGGCUUAAUUCAAAGAUAAGUGACAUUUCGGCUGAGAUUCCCGAUGUGAAAUGCAGUAGUUGUCUCUGCACACCCUCUGAGCAAAGUGCUGUUCAUUCAAGAAGUGGACAGUCUGCAUUUGAUACAGCAUCUGAAACCUGUGGCAUUUCCUUGGACACACAAACAGCAACAAAUGAAUUAUUUUUUCCAACAACAUUGAGGGCAAAUGAAGUUUUUGAUGCAUUAAGUUCUGAAAAAUACAGUAAUUCUUUUGAAACAGAGACAGACCCGAAUGUAAUCUCGUCUUGGUCAGAAACUCCCGCUGCUACUUUUCAUGAGGUACACGCAACCAGCAAUAGUCCUGAUUUGAUCAGGGACUCAAAUGAGAAUUUUCCAUGUAUACAAGAACAGAUUGAGAUUUCCCCUGAAGAAAAAGCAUUGCUAAGUAGGAUUCCUUUGGACAUUAACAUCGAGCCAACAUCCUCAGCAGCAGCAGAGCUGAAAAGGAAUUUGGUGGAUAAACACUCAGAGUCUACUGUGAUUUGUCCUGGGCUGUAUCACACAGCAGACAUAAUUAAACCAGAUCCAGUUAUAACCUCUGCAACAAAGCCAGACUGGACAUCCUUGAAAAGUAAUCAAGUUUUAAGUGAAAUUCCCUUGGAAAUUAAUCGCGAUUCAACUGCCAUUUCUCCCAGAACAGAUGAGAUUCUUCCUCCAAUAGUAACAGAGUCAAUCUGGACCCCUUUGGAUGUGAAUCAAUAUCAAAGUGAAAUUCCAGUUCAAGUAGAAACAAAUCAAACUGUGCCCUGUCCACAGCUAACUAAAUUUUCUGCUGAACACGCAUCAGAAUCAGAUGCCCUUUCUCUGGAUGUCAACCAAGAUCUAAAUGAAAUCCCAAGUAAAGGUAAAUUGGUCUCUAAUGAAAACUUGGCUGAGACCAGUGAUGUUUCAGAUGGAAGUUUAGCAGCGUCAUCCUGGAUUUCUCUGAAUGCAAAUCAAAGUCCAAGUGGAACUUUUUCUGAUGUGCAGUCAAAUUCCUGUGGAAUUGAUACUGAGAAAUUUGAGGUUUCUGCUGGAUUAAAGUCAGCCCGGUCUUCUGCAGGCAUAGAUCAAGAUCAAAGAGAAGUCCCUGCCGAUAGAGAACCAGAUUUCAUUCAGACGGUAUCUGGGACAAGUGAUAUUUGUGGAGGAUUUGAAUCUAACCCAAUCUUGUCUUCUCUGGAUAGAAAUCAGGAUGUAAGUGAAAUUCCUGUAGAGGUUGAACCACAUGCUGCAAAAGGUUCUGUCCAGACAAGUGAGAUUUAUGGCAGAAUUAUCUCCGAGUCAGUCUGGGCUCUGUGGGAUACCACCCCAGAUCAAAGUGAAUUUGCUUCUCAAGUAAAGCCAGGUUUCACUGCAGGAAGCCCUGAAGCAAGUGAAAUUAAAUCAGAGCCAACCUGGGCUUCACUGAACACAGAACAAGAUCCAGGUGAGAUCCCAUUUGAAACACAACCACUUCCUACUGCAGUCAGUCCUGAGACGAGUGUGGUUUCUGCUGGGAUAGUUUCAAAUUCAGUCUGGGUUCCUCUGGACUCAGACCAAGAUCUGACUGAAUCUCCUUUAAAAAUAGAAUCAGCCCCCACCGCAGAGUGUCCUGACUCGAGGUCUGAAAUCAGUAAAAACUCUGCCCCGAUAAAUUCAGCGGAAAAUAUUUCUUCCCUCUUAGAAAGAAGCUCCCCAAAGAUAGAAACAAAUUUUGCCCUAAAUUACAUAGUGGCCAGAUCUGAACCCAUUGAAAUUUCUCCUGAGGACGAUCAAACAAUCAAUGGAACAAAUCUUGACACAGAAUUGAGGGCACCUGAAGGAAAUCCUGACCAACAUGAACAUGUUUUAGAAAAUCGGGUAGAAGUAAUCAGGGAUUUUCAGCACUCAAGUGGAUACACAGACUUUAAUGAAAGCUAUGAAACUGCCACUGUCAUUUACAGUGAAAUAGAUCAAGACCCAAGCGAAAUUUCUGUAGAGGUAAAUGACAGCGUAAGUGACAAUAUUUCUGAAAUAAGUACAGAGACUUGUCAUAAAUCACUUGAAAUAGAAUUAGAUCCAACUGAAAUUACUCAUGAAGCAGUCAAAGAGAAGUUAGAAACCGAGCAACUGUUAUAUGAUUCCGAUGUUGUAGAAUGCAUACAAAGCAGCAGUGCCACAGCAGAAGCAAGAUCAAUUGAAACCAAGUUUGAGACAACAGCAGGAAUCUCUCUCGAGGCAAGAUCAGGAAUAAAUGAAGAAGCAUUUCCAAGGACAACAAGGACGAAUUGUAGUUCCACAAAAAGUCAAAUUGUAAAUUCCCAAGAGGAAGAAUUAAAGCUCAUCCAGAGUUCUCCAGAAAUCCAAACAGAAUCACAAGAGGAUUUUGUUGAGGAUAAGCAAGGGGAGAUCAUUGACUCACGACCAAUAGAAGCAGAAGAACAUAAGAAUUUUCUUGAUAGAGACCUUGAGACAAUUGAAUCAAGUAAGAAGGAUAAUGAAGUACCAGAUCUAGAUUACAGUUCGUCACCAACAGUGCUAGAGGACAACAUUCUAGAAAUACAACCACAUGAUACUGAUCCUAGAAAACAUAGUAAAACAAACACAUCUUCAGUCAACACAGACAGUUGUGUGGGUACAAGCUCAGGUAGUGAGGGCAAUAUUCCCAAGACAAAAACCGAGGUUAUAAUUGACAGGACAAUAGGAGUAGGUGAGGUCUAUCCAGAAGACACGAGUGACAAAAGUGAAACUUCUAUUCAAUUUGCUAAUCAGGAGUGUGAUUUUCCACUUGAGCUUUUUAAACAAUCUUUUAAUCAUUGCACAGGAGCUAGCUUAGAAGCAGAUGUAUUGUGUUCUUCAUCCAGAGAGAUUACAAAACAAAACUUAAACAUACAAAAUGCUUUUCACAAAGAAGUAAGCAAAAAUAAGAUUUCUCCUCAAAAUAAUAUAGAUCCAAGGGAGGCAUACUUUGUUUUAACAUCUCAGCAAGGGGAAAUUUCCACCGAAGGCUUAUUAGUUUCACAUGAUAUUACUUCUCAACAAUUGGGCAGCACAAUAGAGGCAGCUAAAAAAGAAACUACAACUGACAUUGAGUUAGUGCCAACCCUCCCCCUUGACCAGGCAGCAUCAGGGGACAAUGAUACAGCUCCUAAAAGUGGUACAAGAAAUAAUCACAUUUACAUUGUUGAUGUUGGGCUGAAGACCAGAGACCUUCCUUUGGAGGAAAAUUCCGGAGACACUGGAAUUUUGAACGGAAAUCAACACAAGAAAUCUACGGCCUUUUCAGCAGAGGCAGGUACUCUGCAGGGUGAAAGCAAUGAAAGGAUGGAUUAUAACAACGUGCUAGAUGAAGAGCUAUACAGAAGUGAGAAUGGAAGCCAAGAGACAAUAAAGUUGAAUGCUGAAUCCAGGGAUAUUCCACACAUUUAUGAAACUGAUGGUAACAGUACGACUAGCGAUGAAACCGAUGAGAAUGCUUAUCCAUUUGGAAGUAACAGCAGUCUUCACAAGGCUCUACAAAAACAGACCAACAAUAAAGGAGAUGAUAAAUUUGGGUCUUUAUCCUCAUUGAACUCUUUCAGCUCGCCUUUCAAAAACUCCAAAUUUUCAGUUUUCACCAAAAUGGCAUCAUUCAGGAAAAGCAAAGCCUCAAGUCAAGACCACCAGACUGAAAGCAACAGCAGGGAUGGAAAUCAAAGUCAACAUGUCAAAAAUGCAAAUGGAAGUAAAACACAAACAAAGGGAAACACCAUUGGUGCUCCAGUGUAUAAAGUACAUAACCCUCAUUAUAAAGCUCACCUGCCUUAUCACUUCAGAAGUAGUGGCAAGAGUGAAUCCCCUACUUUUGAUGUCUCAGACGAUGAUGAUGAGGUUUUUGAAAGGAGUAGCCAAGUGAGUCAAACUAUGAAGUCUGCACUUUGCUCAGACAGAUUACGGGAAGUAGAGGAUAUAGAAGAGGUUCAGAGAGUGGCAGAAAAUGGCCGACAUUUCCAUAGCAAGAGCACAGACUCCAUGGAAGGUGAUGACAGUAACGCUGAGGAGCAAAACAUCAAAAUACCUCCCACGACAGAAAAGAGGUGCAAAAAGAGCAAAAGUUCUGAUAGCCUUAAUCUUAGGAUGAAAAGAGCCUUUGCCAAUAAAUCACUUUCUGUAUUUUUUGAAACUAAAUCUGGUGACAAAGAAAAUGCAAACCAAAAUUCUAAAUCUAGUAAGAAAAAUGAUGGUGAUGAAGGAAAGUCAAAACAUUUAUCCUGGAGAAAAUUCAUGAAACUGAGUGAAUCAGAAUCCACAAAGAUACCAAUGAACACUUCACAUUCACCUAGUGAAAAUCAAGCCAUAAGGACACAGUCGCAAGUACAUAGUGAAUAUGCAAGGAGGAUAUCUAUGGAACAGGUAGAAAAUACUUCUUUAUCAGUAGCUUCAUCUCCCUCAUCACCUGGUACCCCAAGUAAAGCUCAGCUUUCUGAUAGCUCUGGUGAACAGGAGGAUGCUCCGAAGUUAGUGGGUCAAAGGCUUAGAAGGACAUCACCUAAUGAAUUAAGACUUAAAUUGACAUUUGACAAUUACAUAGAAACUGACGAUGUUUUCAAAACUUCACCAAAUCAAUCCACUCCAAAUGCAUUAUUGAAUCAGUUAAGCCCAACGUGGAAUAGACCUGGUAUGAUUUCAGAAUAUUUUGAUGCUACUUUCCCUGCAAGACCAAUGAGUCCGAAACCCAUGAGUCCCAGGUCAAGUUUCCGGAGAAGCUUUCGCUCCAGCAACAGAGCGAGUACAUCAUCCUGGACUUCUCUUGACUCUAGUAAAACAACAGAUGGAGUGUUAGAAGGACCUGAAAGGCCAACAGUAUUGAAACCAAGAGGCAAUCUUCUUCUUUCUGUACAAUCGCUGAAUUAUGAAUGUCAGAAAGAAGACAGUGGCAUUAGCAGUCACUCGCAGACAAGUCUAAAUACAACUUCUUCAACCAUUGAUAUUGGCAAAGAGGAGGAAGUAAGUAAGCAUCCAACCCAAACAACACAAGAGAGGAACUCGACCAUGCCAACAGUCCUGCGAAGCCACAACCAGAAUCACCCACGCCAGAGACCUUUCUCAGACUUUGGACAAGUGGCCUGGUUAUUUGAUCGUGCUGAAGGGAAAUGUAAACUAGAUAGUGAGGAUGAAAUAGAGGAGAUAUCUAUAUCGCCUUAUAAACGCUGCAACUCAGAUGAAUUGUUGUUGGAAGAAGCAAGGAAGAGACGGAGAAAGUUGAUUGCAGAGCUUGAGAACUACAGAACCAGACAUGGCAGGAGCAUUGCUGAGGUUCACAAUGAAGUUGGAAGGAGAUUUUCCUUUCUAUCUCCUCUCUCUUCUACCUUCAAAGACAUUCCUCUGCGAUUUCUUACAUUCUCCCAGAGCACACCAACAGGACUCGACUGUAUCGGGUAUAAGCGGUGGAUGGCAACUCCUGUAAUCAACGAUGGCGCACCGGAUAAGACUGCUUUUGCUGAUGAAGCUGGAAGUGAGGAGGAUUUGUACGAAGACUAUCGGAGUGGGAAUCAUCGGUAUGGACACCAAGGAGGAGGGGGAGAACAACUGGCCAUCAAUGAGCUCAUCAGCGAUGGCAGUGUGGUGUAUGCAGAGGCUCUCUGGGACCAUGUCACUAUGGAUGUCCAGGAGCUGGGCUUCAAGGCUGGUGAUGUCAUUGAAGUAGUGGAUGCUACCAACAAAGAGUGGUGGUGGGGCAGAAUCGCGGACAGUGAAGGCUGGUUCCCUGCCAGCUUUGUACGGUUGUGGGUCAACCAGGAUGAGCCCAUGGAAGAAUACCCAGUCAGGGUCGAGGACGGAAAACCUGAAGAUGCCAACAGUGCCAACCGUCGACUGGCCACAGGCCAAUCAAAGAAAGACCAGAUGCGGACCAAUGUUAUCAGUGAGAUUAUGAGCACUGAGAAUGAUUAUAUCAAACAUUUAAAGGAUAUCUGUGAGGGCUAUGUUAAGCAGUGCCGAAAAAGGACAGACAUGUUCACAGAGGAGCAGUUAAGGACCAUCUUUGGGAACAUUGAAGACAUUUACAAAUUCCAGAAGAAAUUUCUUAAAGGUCUGGAGAAGAAGUUCAAUAAAGAUCAGCCCCACCUGAGUGAGAUUGGUUCUUGCUUCCUUGAAUAUCAGACAGAUUUCCAGAUAUACUCCGAGUACUGCAACAAUCACCCUAACGCUUACACCGAGCUCUCCAAACUCAUGAAAAUCAACAAGUACGUGUACUUUUUUGAGGCAUGUCGGCUGCUUCAGAAGAUGAUCGACAUCUCCCUGGAUGGCUUUCUGCUCACACCAGUCCAGAAGAUCUGCAAAUACCCACUUCAGUUGGCAGAGUUGCUCAAGUACACCAAUCCAGAGCACAGAGAUUACAAUGAUGUGGAGGCUGCAUUGAAUGCCAUGAAGAAUGUUGCCAAAUUGAUUAAUGAGCGCAAGAGGCGGCUGGAAAACCUCGACAAAAUUGCCCAAUGGCAAAGUUCAAUUGAGAACUGGGAGGGUGAAGAUGUUUUGGCUCGAAGCUCAGAGCUCAUCCAUUCUGGUGAAUUAACAAAGGUCUCCCAACCUCAAGCCAAGAGCAAACAGCGAAUUUUUUUCCUCUUUGACCAUCAGGUGGUCUUCUGCAAGAAGGACCUCCUGCGUCGUGACAUCUUAUACUACAAGAGCAGGAUAGACACAGACAGCAUGGAAGUCGUAGAUGUUGAAGAUGGGAAGGACAAGGACUUCAACAUCAGUGUCAAGAACGCUUUCAAACUUCAAAACAAGUUCACUAAUGAAGUACACUUGUUCUGUGCAAAGAAAUCAUCAGUCAAAGAACGUUGGCUUCAAGCCUUUGAAAAUGAACGAAAACAGGUUCAACUUGAUAAAGAGACAGGCUUUGCUAUCACAGAAGUUCAAAAGAAACAGGCCAUGAUGAAUGCAAAAAAAUCACAUCCGACUGGGAAGCCUAAAGCUGUCACCAGGCCUUACUACGACUUUCUGACAUUGCGGCAAAAACAUCCGAUGAUGCCCUCAACCAUCCCCCAACAGCAGGUCUACAUGCUGGCUGAGCCGAAACGCAAACCAUCCAAUUUUUGGCAGAACAUUGGAAGACUGACACCAUUCAAGAAGUGAAAGGACAGCUCAUUGAACGUGACUUAACGCCUUUCCAAGGGAGCACUUUAGCGACUGGUUGCAAUCAGCAUCAACUUCUGCUCUGUGCAUGUGUGCACGCUCCAAUUCAAACUAUGUCUCCUACUACAUGACAGCAGUCUCCUCCCUGGAAGGAGAUGAGAUUUCCUAAUUCAGUAACUUUUCUGCUGAGCACACAUCACCAUGAUCUGAUCAGCAAGAGUGCUAGCAGAAGAAGAGUUUCCUCCAUGUAUGCUCACAUCAAUAACUACAGUCAAGCUCAAUGUUCUCACUGAAUCCAAAAGAAUCCACGUUUGUCCCAUUCUGUUUCGAGUGGAAAGCAUUGAGAGUUUUAAAAACCUAUACAGGAAGGGUAGUUUUUUUUUUACUGAACAGUUUACUAUAUAUGUAAGGCUGUGCAAGCAUCAGGAAACAGAAAAAAACUCUACAGUAAACAAGCAAGUUUCCAGAGGUGUCUCUCUUGCAGCAGUUUGGCCUUCUGUACUUUCACUGGAAUGAAACACUGUGUGCCUAUAUGCAAGGGAUGCAAAUUAUUAUUUAAAAUUGUUGGUGUUGCUGGGCUACAGCCUGAGUUGGUGCCAGCAAUGUAGAAACUGAAACAGCAUCUACAAUUGAACAGUGGGUCUACAAUCGUUCCUUUCAUUUCUGAUACCCAGGAUUUAACCCUAGGCAGAUGGACAGGGUGAACAUCUCUUCCCUUUUCCAUCUGAACAAAACCUUGUUGAUGCAGUGAAGUUGACACUGCACUCAGUUGGCACUGAAAUAAUGAGUGUGUUUGGUUCCCUCCUCACAUAUUUACAGUAUUACCUUGAUCACAAGAUAAAUGAUCAGGUUGAAUUUAACCAGUUUAUAAGAGGAGAGAGUAACACGCCAAAUUGUUAUGUGCUAAUGUUUAUAAAUGAAUUGUGUAAAUAUUAACAAAAUGAUUUAUUUAUGUAGAUUGAAUUUAUUGUACUUGUUCUUGCUGUCUGGCUUCUCCAAAUUCUCUCCAGUACAAAUGCCUUAUUAAGGAAUGCACUUACCCAAUUGCUUGUUUGUUUUUUUUUAACCCCCUGAUGUGGAAGCAAUUUUACUUCAGAAUAAUUAACAUCUUUUUCCAAGAAUAAUGUAAAAGGGCUUUUUGCGAAACAGAAUGACGUUAGUCAUUUGAUUGGUGGUGGAUUGGGUGAUGUCAUUCCACAAUUUACUGUCUUGCAUUCGAGUUAGAUUUCCUGCAGAUAAACGUUAUUGAAUGAGUUAUCAACUCAGAUGUGGAUGGUAAAUGAAUACAAUGAAAUGCACUUGAAUCUAUGUGGGCAGUGGAAUUUGCAGUUAACCACAAGUCUGUAUUCUAAUGUUGCCAUGUUUUUCAGUGAACAUCACCCAUUUGAGUCAUAAAACCUGACAUACUAAAGCCAGGAAGAGCACAACAAACUAAGGGAAAUAUUUUGCAUUAUCCCUUCCAGUGUCAGUAUUGUUCAACUGCAUAAUUUUGACACAAACACACAAUCUGUGUAGUCUGUAGCACAUUUGCAUAUAUGCAGAUGAAAUAUCAUGAUAUCCAAACAUGUUCUCAUCAAAAGGGAAGGAAAGUUAAGGGAAACAAAUCUUCACCUCCUCAUUAUAAAUAGAAAUUUGCAAUAAAAAUUGGCAUCCUGAUUAAACUUGUGUGCCCAAUUGUAGCACCAUCAUCCUUAUUCCAUUUCAGCAAAGGGUUAGUCCUGGGUUAGUCCCACUACCAGCAGUCUGGUCAACAGUUUCAAACUUGCAAACUUUGUUCAAAGUUAAAGCUGAGAGGUCAACUUUUGCCCACUGCUGGUGUGGACCACACAACUUACUUUCUUUUCAUUUGCAAUUAAACAACUCAGUGAGAGCACUGCUAUUGGUAAUAUGACAUGGGUAAUUAAAGAGGUUAGCUGGAGAAUAGGAUCGCCAAUAACUAGUAACAUCAGUAAUACUACAAAAAACACAAAUAUAAAUGCUAGCGUUGUUUUUCUAUGGUUCUCUCUUAAAGGUAAUUUAGUGAUAAAUCCCCCUCCCCUAUAUUGGUAGCAAAAAUACUUCCAGAUACAUCUGACCACAGUCCAAACAAUUCUGGAGUCUUGAUUCUAAUCUCCAUCAAAAGGCAGAUUGUCAACACAAUGCAAUCGCUGAAGUAUUUCAGUUAACAGUAAAAGAAGGAAAUAGGAGAAAGUGAGGACCUCAGAUGCUGGAGAGUCAGAGUCGAAAAGUGUGGUGCUGGAAAAUCACAGAAGGUCAGGCAGCAUCAGGAAGGGCUUAUUCCUGAAACAUAGACUCUCCUGCUUCUUGGUUGCUGCAUGAUCUGCUGUGCUUUACCAGUGCCACACUUUUCAACAGUAAAAUAGGGAAAGUUUGUUGGGCAAUUAUUCGAUUCAAACUUUUCACUCUUUUCUCUUGCAUGUAGGCAUAACAAUAUCUUUGUGUUUUGUUUUAGAUCAAAUUAGAGGCUAAUCCUUAAUGUCUCUGCUUUUCUCCAAAUCUUCUCCACACGCUAAGGACCCAGAAACAAAAAUGGGAGUUAGCCUUUGAUGCUGAUGACUAGGGAAUGUCUGGACCUUCUCAAAGUUGCAGCAGCCAGCCAUGAUUGUUCUAUAUAUUCCCUCAGAUCCAGCCAUUUUGGACUGAACUCCAGGAGAAUCCAAGGUUCUUCUUUAUCCAUUCAAGCCAACCGUGUCGAUCUAUGACACAGGAGAUCUGAUAGAGAAUGGGAAAUUAUAAGGCAUUUUGUAAGGUAAAUAAAGGAAAAAUAAAUUUCCACUGGUCAGGGAAUAUCGCUGUUGUAAAUUUACUUUCACUUAAAAGAUUGCAGAAGGUUUAUGAAGAAUGCUUUUACGCAGCUGAUGUGUUAGGACAUGGGAUGUCCUACUGGAAACAGCAGUGAAAGCAGAAAUAAGCACAAUUUUACAAAGGGUGUGGACAAAAGUUUGAAAAGGAAGAAAUGAAAGGGAUUUGGGGAAAGUGCAGGGGAAGGGGACUGUGAAGAGUUGAAUCAAAGAGCCAAAAUAGAAACUGAGAGCUUGAUGACUACCAACUGUGCUAUAAAAUUCAAUGAUAUUGUGUAUCAACGUCAUUUGAAUGAUUGAGAAAGAUGACAAAAUACAAAACUUAGCCUCCACAUUGAACAGAAAGAAAUUAAUUUACAAGUCCCACAAUCAUAAAGGAGUUGCCCCCUUUAGACUUCCCUCCCUGCUUAAUUUAUUCAAGUUGAAUAGGCUAUGAUCAUUCAAUCCUGGUCAAAAAAACUUAUAUUUAUAGUUCAUCAGCUUUUUGUUCAGUUCACUCAGUUUGAUUUCUAUUCAAUUUUUAAAAUUGUAUCUCAUGCUGUCAGUAGAUGAGCUUCUCUCCUGCCAUGUCUGUGCUUCUGGCUGUAAAGUCCAGUCUCUGGCCAAAUUACCUCUAAAUUUCAAUGGAUAGAUUUUCAAUUUGAUGCAUUGUUAUCAGACAAGAUUGGCUGUGUAUUACAGAAACUAUCCUAUUUUAAUGCUCAGUGAUUUAUAUUUAAAAGAUCAGGCAGUUUGACAGAUAGCUAAUUCACACCAAUUGUUUUACCCUCCCACCCAGAUGGCAGACUGAAAAGAUUUUUAUAAAACAGUAAAGAAAGUCUAAAUUCCAGAAAUAUCUGAUUUUUCAGAUGCACAAAGUAAAUAUGAAAACAUGGAAAAGUGUAAUAAAGAUUCCUGGCCGAAAAGCAAUUGAUUUCAGCAAUACAGACUGAUGUGCAGAAGGCUCUGUUUAUAUAGUCUGAAUCUUUUAACUCCUCCCUGACCCCCCUCUAAAUUAACAUCCCAUUCGAUAUCUAUUUUUGGUUGGGAAAAAAAAAUCAACUUUGGACUUGGUGAUAGCCAAGAAUCCUUAAUAACAUCACCACUGAACAUGAUCAGAAUUCAGCUGAGUGUUCACGCUACAAAUUUGAGACAGACCAAGAUUUCAUACAAAUAAACUGCAUGUUUGGCUAAGAUCAAAGUCCACCUUCAGUAUUUCACAGGAUUAUUUUGAACAUCUACCGGCUCCUGGAUCUGUAUGUUUUACAGAAAGGCCAGCAUUAAAAUUAUGGCAAACUGCUAAUUCUCACCACUGUACUAAGUUACUUCCUUCACUUAAGGGCUGCUUUACAUUCCCUUCACUAGCCACAGUUAGAUAGAAAGUGCUGUUAUUCAUGUUUGCUGUCAACCGUCACACUGAAGAAAAUUUCCUUCUUUGUCGGGAAGGAGUAUCACUGAAUGAAAGCCUUUAAAAGAUUUACCAUUCCAAAAAAAACCCUUAUUCCUUCUGUGUUUCAUUGAAAGAUAGAGCAGUAAAACAUGUUGUGAAUAAGUUAAAGCAGUUUCUUCAGAAUGAGUUGCUUAAAACCUUUGACAAUUGAUGUCAUGUUAAGCUAUGACAUACUAAACUUUGUCCUGUUGUGAAGAAUAGGAAUGCUGUAGUUGUUAGCAAAACAAAACACAUUUAGACACUUUUUUUGGAUGCAUGACAUUAAUUUGCCUCUUGGCAACAUUUUUGAACAGAAAAUGCAAUUGAAGUUAAAAGUGCAUUCAGAUGUUCAUUCCUUGAUUCUUUAGAUUACAUUGGAAAAUUCAUUAUAUCAUUUCAAAUACGUCAUUUUAAACUAAUAUUACCAAAGUUUUGCAUUUAACAACCAUGAUUCUUGGAAAAGAAGAUUGAUUUAAUAUUGUUUGGAAACAAUGUGAUUCCUGUAUGGUCUUCUGAUAGGUUGUGCACAAUAUAAAUAAACUGUUAAUGUAUUUUUUAAAUGCUGCAACUAUAGGGUAAAAAACCACUUUUAAGGAGACUAAUUCCAUGAAAAGCCAACCCACUAAUCUUGAUUAACCAAUCUCACCUCAACAUUUUAACGGAAUGGGACUAUUUGGCACCACCCUUUUGGCGUCGAUCAUUUGGCCCCACCGUUUUGGCUCCAAGCUGUUUUGGCACUGAGCUGUUUUGGCGCCAAUACAUAUAGAUAACCAUCAUGUGAAAAUUUUGGUUUGUCUCUCUUGCUUAGAAUGUUUUCAGCCAUUUCUGGUAUGGGCUGUACAAGAAAAUAGAAAGAAAAGUGUAUUACAGCUUUCCAAUGUGAAGACAGAAGGGCUUAAGUAUCAUCAAGGCAGUAGAUGACUAUUAACAAUUGUUAAAUGAGAAAAUGAUUACAAAGUGAGAUUUGAAUCUACAGCGGGUCAUUACAGCUUUGAUUAUCAAUUCUUGCUAGUUGAGAAAAUUACAACAGGUCAUUAGUCAUCCUCUCUUCUUUAACGAAACAAGACUUUUUUUUGUUCUGAAUUGGCGCCAAAACAGCUCAGUGCCAAAGUAAUGAGCGCCAAAAGAGUUUAGAGCCAAAACAGCGGGGCCAAAUGAUCGGCGCCAAAAGGGCAGCGCCAAAAUAUACCCAACCCACAUUUUUAAGACAACAUCCUUUGUGCUUUGAAUUUGCAGGAGACUCCACAUGGCAGAUAAUAUUAGCCAUCUAGCAUCACUACUGACCAGGAAACUGUACCUCAGUAUAUAGAAACCUUUCAUCUCAAUUGAUCAAAAGUCCUCCCGCACAAAAAAACAAAUUAUUUUUAAAAUUGUACUUUUUUGAUGACUAACUUUCACUGCCAUGAGUUGUGGUUCCACUGUGUACGGUGCACCAAAACUCUUAUUGCUAUGUUAAUUUUUAAUUUCUGUCCCUAUGCAAGGUUAAAAGCUUUUUUUUUUAAAAAGUCAGCUGUCAUCUUCAACAGUGCACAAUUUAUCUUCCACCUUUCUAUGGAAAUCACCAUGGGCCAAAUCUUAACUUUGUUCAAGAAAUAAAAAGUAGAUGGUAGCGAGUCAGCAUUUAAUUUACAUCUUUCCUAAUACUUUAUUGAAUCAAGAGGAAAGUACAAUGAGCAGGCACAAACUAUCAGCCAUUCUAUAUUCUUGUACAAAGUCAGGAUUUACCCCAUUCUGUUUGUCCAGGAACAUGGAACGUUUAUUCCUCCCUCUGUUACUUACACAUAAAUCAGAUUUUCACGUUGCAAGACAGCGAUGUAUUUCAUAACUUACUUGCAGCAGUGGAAUCUCAUAGCUGUCUGUUAUAAACAAGGUUGUGGAAUUCCUUAAAGGCGGCUUUUGAUGCUGUGUGUAAUAUUGCUGGCUCCUCAGUAUUCCCAAACCUUUACUGGUGUUUUCUCAAGUGUUGUUGGUCAAAGACUUUCCUGAAAGUGCAAUGUAUCUUACUGCCUUGUUAUCCAUUUGUGGUGAAAGAGCCUCAGUUCAUUUUUUUUAGCAAUGCUAUCUGAUUUGGUUUCCUGUAUCUAAACGCCAGAUUAAAUCAGUGAAACUUGGUUCAAUAAAAAAUAAGGUUGUGCUUAAACCAAUUUUCAGUCAAUGUACAAAAGGUAAAGCACUUUAAGUUGAACUGACCUACAAUGACCAAUGAAUUACAGUAAAUUUGCAUUCAGUCUGUACACUGCAUAUAAUUUGGGCCCACUGUUGGCAAGAGACUGCUUUCUCUGUACAGCCUGCGGCACCUCAGAUGUUAUGGGAGAUGUGCCAUGUCAUCGCAACAAUCAAGCAGCACUGUACUGUUUUAUACGUGGUAUCUGUACAUACAUUUUAUGAAACAAUGGAAAAAUCAAGAGCGCUGUUUUCCAAAAGGCCCGUUGUAAGCAGUUGGAGCAGGUGACGACCUUUGGAGUCAGAAGAUGCCAGUUUCUGUUCAAACACAUGGGAUAACCUCCUUUUCUUUUGUCCGUGGCUGUGGAAUAACUUGUCAGAGUUAUAAAGUUUUAACAGUAUUUUUGAAAUCAGUGGUGUAGCUUUCAAAUUACUAGAAUACUAAUGUGUUCAGUUCAUAUUGUGCCACCAAGAUUGGUUGCAAUGUUUUGUAUAUACAAUGCUCUAUGAUUUGUCAACCAAUUUCAUAACUUUUAUGUUCCAGGAGGAAUUGAUUAUAGGUAUUCAGUUUUUAUUUCUUUCAUUUGUGUGUUAGAUACUUGUGAUAAGCAAGUAGAAUUUGCUGAAAAAAAUACAUGACAGUGUUUGUAUAAAUUCUCUCUUUGUACAUGGAUGUUUGUUUACAUAAGCACUUCAAGCACGA